CCGGCACGAAUCGACAGGGUGUGGUGUGAGUGAGCGUCCCACCCACACCACAAUUAUUGGAGCCAGCAGCGACAGGCAGCCUUUCCUGGCAACUAUGAGUCUUUCGUACGUCCAUCCGUGCAUCUCGAUUGCCCAGUUCUUGUUGCCUGGCGUAGCGUCCCACGGUCCCACCCACCCCAAACGAUUAUUGGAGCCCGCAGCGAGCGAGCGUCCGCGGUUCCUGGUAGCAGAUAAGAUGGCGGACCCAGGGCAAACGAAACUGCGAGUGUUCCCAGGGUUUCUUCCGACUCGGACCUCUGAGACCCUUGGCUACUUCAGUCGGGCUGACACCGCCUCGAACAGGGCAUGUCCACCACCAUCGCACUACCUCGCGAUUCUCCGAGCUUGCAGCAAGAGACAGCCUUUCCUUCCCGACUCGGAUCAGUCGGAAAGACAUUUCUUUUCCCUUGACUCGGAUCUUCAAGUUGCCAAGGAGUAUAGUGCCCUGUUUAGCAGCAGCAGUACGGUGUCCAUUAUUCCUUCGCAUCCUUCGCAGCUGCACGGGUUUCCUUCGGUGAUUUUUCAGUCGACUAGAUAAUCUCGCACGGUGUCCAUUAUUCCUUCACUUCCUUCCUUCACAUCGGCCAUCGCCUAUUUUAAAGAGGUCGGCUCGAAGAGAGUCUGCUAGACCAGGAUUCAGCUUUCCCUGCGCCCCAGGCCUUCCGUCAUUGGACGGUUCUAUCAGCUCGGCUUCUAUCGAUUAAUCACCUCGUCCGGUGACCGCCACACACAGCGUAUCAUGAGUGACUUUUGAGUCUGCUUUUGAGUCGACUCAAAAGUCACCCCGCCACACACAGGUGUAUCAUAAGUGCUACGCGAUGAUGAUGGCGACGCUAAGGCGGGCUCGGUCGAUUAAAAAAUCUACGAGGUGGAUCGUUCUACUGCAAGCACUCCUCGUACUACCGUGUCUCCUAACGCGACCAUUCGCGGCGUUCGCGCCAGUAGCGGCCGCUCAGGGUGAAGCUGGUGCGACGUGCGACCCGUCGCCGUUGCCGGGAUUCCAAUACUCCGUCAAAUUGAACAAUCGCGGACUCAUCCUCCACUGGAAGGCCGUCAACUCAACGACCGUCAACUUCGCCGCUCAAGCGCUUGCCGGGCCGGCUGCAGCCGGCUGGUUCGCCGUCGGGUGGUCGGGGUCGUCCGGCGGGAUGGUGCCGGGAGAGGCGGUGAUCGGCAAUCUGCCGGGCGGAAAGAUGGACGCCUACUCCCUGGGAUUCUACGCACCAGAUGGGGUGAUUCCCACCAAGAGCUUCAGCAUUGGGAGCGCCGGGAGCGACGCAAAGUUGACCAAGAACACUGAUAAUUCGUUUAUCAUGAAUUUUGAGGCGCCUCAAAACUAGACCCCUUUUGUUGCACUUCUCGUUGCAGGUUCUCGCGGUCUGUUAACGAUGGCAAAGCGAAGGUGUUGCUGAAGGGAAUUAAUUCAAUGAUCUGGGCCUACUCCGAUGGGUCUCAGACCCUCGCUCAGCAUCUGCCAACCAACAAGGGAUCCCUGUCAGUAGACUACAGCUGCCCCUCUUUCAGCGGCAGCAGCGGCGGCAACAACGGCAGCAGCGGCGGCAACAGCGGCAGCGGCGGGAGCAGCAAUAGCAGCAGCGGUAGCAGCGGCGGAAACAGCAGCGGCAGCGGAGGGAGCAGCGGGUCGUCCUCGCAGGCCAAUGGGUCUGGCUGCCAGCCGUCCUCCCUGCCGGGCUACACGUGCUCCGUGCAGCUCAGCAAGAACGCCUACACCCUCCACUGGGCUGUGAAUAAAGACAGCACAGUCAGCAUGGCAGCGCAGGUCGCCACCACGGGCUUCGUAGGGAUCGGUUUCUCCAAGGACGGCAAGAUGACCAACUCUGACGCAGCCAUUGGGAACGUGCCACCUGGCGCGCUGGCCAACGGGGCGGCAGUAGGGGCGUAUUACUUGGGUGGGCGUGACGUGGGGUCGGUUCAGCCGACUGACACGUGGAGCGUUACAAACACUUCGGUUACGACUUCAAAUGGAUACACUACAAUGGUGUUCACUCGCAGCAUGGGCACGGGCCACGUGCCCAUCGAUGCUUCGGCCCCCACCACCAUCAUCUGGGCCUACUCGCCCGACGGCUCUACGGCUCUCGCUUACCACGCCAGCAACUUCGGGUCAGCCUCAAUAGACUUUGUGAAGGGCACAUCGACCGCUGGCCAGGGCAGCAGCACAGCGGCGUACAUCGCCCACGGGGUCCUCCUCGCCCUCGCCUUCGCCCUGCUCAUGCCCCUCGCCAUCCUCCUUGCCCGCCUCCUCCUCGCCGACCGCCCCCACGGGGCCCUCCUCAACCUCAACAGCGGAAAGGACUUGCGGCCGCUGGGGUUUCAGCUGCACCGGGGGAUUCAGCUGUCGGCUCUAGUGGUUGCAGUGGCUGGGAUGAUUGUGAUAUUCGUGCAGGCGGGCUCCAAGGGGCUCAGCUGGACGCAUGGGCAGGUGGGGCUGGCAGCGGUCAUUCUUGCGCUGCUGCAGGCCGUGGUGGGGUUCAUACGGCCGGACAAGACCGCGCCGAACCGCUUUAAGUGGCUCGUGGCGCACUGCGUGAUCGGAGCCACGACAAUUGCGCUCGCGUGGACGGCGAUGUUUCUGGGCAUCGACUUGUAUCACACCAAGUUUAUGGAAAACGUCACGUGGUGCUACUGGGUUACUGGCAUCUGUGUCAGCAUGUUUGGGUUCAUGUAUCUACUCUUGGUUAUCCCGGACAGCAUCCUUUCUUCAAUGAAGCCGAAGGAACACAAAAUUGCCGGGAAGGGUGGUACAGCUGGCGGUGUAUGACUCACUGGGAUUGCUGACUAAGAUAUUUCUUUUAUGUGGGUGGAGAGCUUGCAUGGGCGCGAGAGCAUUGUUUUCUGUUUUUCUUAUAGGUUAGAUGUGUUUGGGCAUCUCUAGAAUGCUCUUGCAUGUGAAAAAACGUAGGCUACCUUAGUGUAACAGUGAUUUUACAUGUUAUGGUUAUCUUCCGAACUGGCCGUGCGGAUGGCU